GUUGUUUGGCGGGUAGGGGGGUAUGGGAUAUUCUAAUGAUUACUUUUCUUUCCACCACGAGUUUCCAAGCUCGUGAGAGACGGGUGAUAAGCAGACAGGGUAUUUGGCAUUUUCGGUAGAUAAUUAAAAACAAUGAAAACAACAGCCAUGUAGCUGGGCUUUUAUUUGUUUAGCAUCUUCCACCUUUAAUUAUUGCCGCCAAUAUUCCAGGCACAUGAGGCGAGCACCUCGAUCUUUCUCACACAUACACACACAGACAUGUGUUGCUGCUAAAAAGUAGUUUUCGCGGUGAACAUCUCAUUUUGACGUCUUGAUUAUAUCUGCGAAUGCCCGAUUUUCUUGCCCACCCACUCACAUAUGCACACUCUUCUGCAAGUGCAGUUGCCAACGCAGAAGCAUGUCAAAGUAUAUGUAGGUCAAUUUCUGUUGCCACUAAAUCGUCUGCUUCAGACUGUUACGAAGACGUUUAUAACCGGCUUCGCGAUUGGCUCGCUCUAUGCCCCGCCUCCCGAUUACAGCGCAGAAAUGCAAAUGAGCGGAGACAAGUCAGUGAUAAAAUCAGCUGAUCUGCAGGACCGAGUCAGUGCAACGCAACGCAACUUUCAUGUGAUCAACUCUGCGACGCCUGUCCGUUAUAAAUGUAUUUUACAAACGUGAAUGUGAAGAGCUAAUUGCUAUUACGGUGGAAACGUAUUAAAAUACAAGGACGACCUAAAUUCAGGCCAGUGAAGUCAUCAAAUAUGGUAAACUUAGAGACCAUCACCCAUCGCGUCAAAGAAGCUCUGAAGUCUAUCCUCCACCGGUCAGAUACCGAAAGCGACAACAUCAUUGAGACAGAUUUCGAACAUGAAAAGCACAGAGAUAAGCUAGAAUCUCGCAACCCAGGCAUGAACAGCUAUGGGACCUUUUCAGACACUGCUGAACUUCUUCAGUUUCAUCAUAUCAAGGAGGAGCUGGUCAAGGCCCUAAACAGAUCCUGCCAAAGAAUCAACGCCUGUUGCAUUGAUAUAUCUAAUGAUCAAAUCAGUCAUAUUGCUCAAGAUUUGGUUCGCAUGGCUUGUACAGAACCAUGUGGGUUAAGAGGUGCUGUCAUAUUUGUCAUUCUUGAACAGAAAUCUUUGUGCAAAAAACUGGCAAUGAUCACUGGCGAUCCUAAUACCACUCCUACUUUUGAAGUGUAUCUGACACUGCGAGAAGACACCAGUCGUUGGAGAGUAUUUCGGAAAGCUUUUCUCACUCUGAAAGGAUGUCUCCUGAAUUCAAAAUGGAAUGAAUCACCAAUAGUAGUGUGCAAUGGUUUCCAGUUAGAGAAGAAACGUCUCUACAGGCAUGAGACUGUGCAGUGAACUAUAGCAAAGUGCAUUAAAAGAAGUGGUUUUAUUCAUUGACUUUAUUUCCAUAAAAAACUGGUAACAAGAAUGUUAUGGUAAAAAGCCAAUAGUUUAUACCAAAACUACGAGCUUUCCUUUGCAUCCAGCUUAUGCCAUCAAGAUUUCCAGUUAUCUGCAAAGACUUUUAAAGGGCAGUGACAAGAAAUCAUAAACUGUAAAUUAGAGUACAAAAAAAACAAAUAAUAGUUUGCUGGAAAAAAGGUUGAUUUUUUUCAGUUAAUGGAAAAGGAAACGUAUAAGCAAAGAGUGAUCUGAUGUCUUUUGACUUUUUUUUCCCCAUUUGUUUGCAGUCCUCUGCUAACAGAAAAAAGAACAAAGCAAAUUUGGUUGGUGAUACAAUGAGCAUAAAGUGUAUGUCCAAUAUUUGCUUUUAAACAAGUUAUUAAAACCUAGGAAAUUACGAUAUUGUUUUAAUUUGCUAUCAAUACUUAAUGUCAAAAAUGUUAAUACAUUAUUUUUGUUUAGUACAGUCCAUGCAUGAGAGCUUUCCCAAAGUGCCAGUAUUACUGUUAAAUUUUAUUUUCCAUGUGAAUUUCUGCAUUGUUUAUAGAUGGAGAGGGAUGGUCUUUUGUCAUGCUAAAAUUUGAAUGAGAUAUUCAUCUUCUGCAUCACCUUGUCGGAGAAAGCCCUUUGGCAAUUGUUGUUGACCCAGAAUUUCAUGGAUCUGUGAUGUUUGUCAGGAUAUUACUUACUAUAAAUAUGGAACUUUUAUUGGUGAUGAGCUAUUGAAUGUUUAAGUGCAACAAACCCUGGGUCAAAAUCUGUAAAAUGGCUUUUUGUGAAAUGUCUGAUUAAUACUUUCCUGUUGAAGAUGUUUUAAUCAGUAAAUGAUUAUUUUUCUGUUUAGUUCACAUUUCUAAACACAUAUAAUUUGUGGUUACUUUUACUACUUAAACACAUCAAGCACUCACCACUCAACCAGGACAUCUGCCUCCCAAGCAUAUGUGUAUCCAGCCAUACAACGCAAUAUUUUUGACUCUAAAAGAUGUUUGUAUGAAGGAUGACUAAGCAUGCUGAUUGCGUUCGACUUAACAGGGUGCAUUGAUAUAUACUACCACAGUUGAAGAAACUGCUGUUGUUGUAAGGUUGUGAAAGAUGUUAAAGAAUUUAAAGAUUUUUUUCUUUUUUUCUUUUACUUAUUGGUAAUGAAUGUAUAUAAUAAGCUGUUGGUUGAAUUGCCUUAUGUUAAAGAUGUUCCCAUUGUAAAAUAUUGAUAUUUUCCAUUCGUGGAAAAUUUCAUACAAUAAAACUUAGAUUUUCAA